UCAGUCACACUUCAUUUCAAAGGUAAAUGCAGUUUGAAACAGAGUCCAAAGAUCUUGUUCAUUUUGAAAAUCAGAAAAACUGACAAAUGCUGGCGAUCUGAAAUAAAAGCAGAAAAUGCUGGAAAUGCUGGAGUAGAGAGGAGAAUUAAAGUGACAGCAGCUCCUUCUUUGACCUAUCCUGCGCUGUGGGAACAAGGACCAACAACAGCUUAAGGAACAGCACCUCAUUUUCCAUCUGGACACAUGCAAGAUCCCGGACUGAAUAUCAAAUUCAACAAUUUCAGGAAAAGAGACUAAACCUGUGAAAUGAGGUCACAGCGCUGUAGCAAAAUACCAGCUGCUUUGAAGUUCAGUUUUGUUUAUGUUCUAUUUCCAUCUGUUUUCACCCAAAGAAGUGAAAAUCAUAUUUAUUUUUUGGAUAAGAAUGGUGACAUUCUGUUAAAAGGUCCAGAUGGUUUUGGAAAUGGCCCUGUUGCCUGGGAAUGGAAGCCACACUCAGAACAAGAAAUUCAACUGCUGGGGACUUUUGACAAAGGGGCUUGGUCCUGGUGGAACACACAGUGGAACGACGACAGCAACUUGUAUCAAAAGAUUGAACGGAAUCCUGGUACCAUUGACCUUCGAAUUAUAAAUCCAACAUUUCAAUUUGCGGGAUUGUUUACCUUGACUCAAACACAGCCGAGUAAGAAAAUUCUAAAGCAGUAUGAAACAUUUGGGAUCAGUGUUGAGGCAAAUCCACAGCAGCCUGUGGUGGGCAGUGAUGUCACAGUCAGCUGCACCAUCUCCAGACUCCCAGAUACAGUCAGUCUUCAGUGGGAACCAAUGGACUUAUCGCAACAGAACAGGAGGAACACUGAUCAGAUCCGCCUGAAUAACACGGUCUAUCUGAUGGUCCGACAUGUUACAGUGGAGGAUGGGAAGUUGUAUGCGUGUGAAGUGCGGGAAAAUGGAACCAUUAUUCACACAGCAAAAGCACAUUUUUCUGUCAUUCAGGCCUUAUAUAAAAAGAGUUACAAACUUUAUCGUUCAGGCUCCGACCACAGUGAGUUGCACUUGAUCUGCCGUUCUGUUACCUAUUACAAUCAUGCUGCAUGGACCCGGAGGACAGCUGUUCAAAACUGGGAGAAAGAAAUAGCAUCAGCAUUGAAAUAUCAACACAUUAAUGUGGACAGAACCUAUUUUGGGAAUCGGCUGGUCCCCAAAGAGGCAAAUUUUAAUGGUAUUAAGUUCAGUAUGAGGGUUGUCCCUGUACUAUUUGAAGAUGCAGGGUUUUACACGUGUUUUCUGGAGUCAAACAGAUUUGUGGCCGUGAAACUAAUCACAGUUAAAGUCACAGCUGAACAGCCUAAUGCAGUGACUGAGGAAGGCACCGUCACCCUGACCUGCUCUGUGUCUGACAUCACUGAAUCAAUGAGACUGGUUUGGAUCAAUAGUGAUGGCAAAAUUAUUGGAGAAAAGACAUUGAAUGGGGAAGAGAAAUCACUGAGUUUGGUUAUUGAGAAAGCUGACAGAGGCGGAGGGAACUGGAAGUGUUGCUUGUUUAUUGGGAACAGACCCCAGCUUUUAGUCACAUACUAUGUGGAGCACAGUGGAAGUGGGAAUUCUAUUUACUUUUUCCAUGAGGAAGGGAACUUUGUACUGGAAGGGCCGGACAAUCCUGGAAAUGGCCCCAUUGUCUGGGAAUGGAGGCCACACACAGGACAACAAACCACAAAGCAAUUGGCCACUUUUCACAGAGAAGAUCAGCGGUGGGCCGUACAAUGGAGUGACGAGUACAAUAAAAUGCCUGGCAUUUCCCAGAGGAUGCAUGCGGACUGGGGCACCCUUAAUCUGAGAAUCAGCAAGCUCACCUUUGAACUUGCAGGACUGUUCAGCUGGACUCAAACACAACCCAGUGGGAAAAUCCUGAGACAGUGGGAAGUAUUUGGGAUCAAAGUUGAGGCAGACUCACAGAGACCUGUGGUGGGCAGUGACAUCACCCUCAGCUGCACCAUCUCCAGACUCCCAGAUACCGUCAGUCUUCUCUGGAAAUCAAGAGGCUCAUCUCAGCAGAACAGGAGCAACAACACCGAUCAGAUCCACCUGAAUAACACUGUCUAUCUGAUGGUCCGACACGUUGAAGCAGGAAAUCCCAAUCUGUACACAUGGGAAGUGCAGGAAAAUGGCUCCGCUGUUCUCGCUGGAGACACAAGUGUUGAAGUGGAUCAGGAUUUACACAAUAAGACAUACACAGUUUAUCGGUCAGACACAGAACACAGUGAACUCGACCUGGUUUGUGAAGCUUCUGCUGAGUUCAAUGAAACAAAAUGGACUUGGAGGUCGCAACAUUUUCAGAAUCAAGAGAGGGAAAUAGCUUCCAUUCACAGAUCUGAGCCAAUCAAUGUCAACAGGAGCUACUUUGGGAAUCGAUUGAGAACCACAGUGGGAAAUGUGAAUGGCAAGAAUUUCAAUGUGAGGAUUGUCCUUGUGCGGUUUGAAGAUGCCGGAGUUUACACAUGUUCUACGGGAUCGUAUAGACAUGUGACCAUUAAACUAAUCACAGUUAGAGUCACAGCUGAACCGCCUGAUGCAGUGACUGAGGGAGACACCAUCACCCUGACCUGCUCUGUGUCUGAUGUCACUGAAUCAAUGAGACUUGUUUGGAUCAAUGGUGAUAACAAAACCAUUCAAGAGGAAACUUUUAAUGACCACAGACAGGAAGGGAAAUCUUUACAGCAGAUUAUUCCAAAAUCUGAUGCAGACAGAAGAAAAUGGAUGUGUGCAGUGUCUCAUCAAAAUAUACCUAAGAUUGUAAUUCCAUAUCGGAAGGAGAACAUGAGACCACAUUUGAACAUUUGGAUCAUCACAGUUUCAGGCUACUUGUUUGUUAAAUUGGCCGUUUUUCUUGGAUUAAUUUGCUGCUUGAAGAGGAUAAAAAGAGGAAAAAAUUCUUGAAGGUUUCCAGGAAGCCAAGAUGCCACGGGUAUAGGGAA